UGAUUGGAACACUGGAACACGAACCAUGAACACCAUGUACAGUUCUGUACAAGGAAACUUCACAUUUACGUGGCACCCACUUCCCCCAGGCUGUUGUGUGUGAGACCUUGAGCGCAGUCUGGUCCUGGGAUUGUUCAGGACUCUCUUUAAUGGAGGGUGGACCAUGAGCUCGGAGAGGGGAUUCCCUCCAACUAUUUCUGUCUUUAUUCCCGGCACAGAAUGACUAACUGUGAUUGACCACCACAUCAUGGAGAUCCGGAAUAUGUUUUCUUCGUGUUGGGUGCGUGUUUUGGCAUGUUUCAAGAAACCCAACCAAACUGAAGUUGAUGGGAAGCCUGACACAGUUAUUGUAAAUCCCGGUGCUGAUGAUAAAAACGCAGAUGGUGACUUUCAUUCAAAAAGAUCGUUACCGCCGCUUCCAGUGGCGAAACCUGGGGAUUAUUACAUCGCCCUGUAUGAUUACUCCGCGCGCACUGAGGAGGACCUGAGCUUUAACACAGGGGACACUCUUGAGGCUCUGGAUAAAAGCCCUGGUGAAUGGUGGUUUGCGAAAGCCCUCACCGGGGUCUCGGCCUCCAAACAGGGAUACAUCCCGGCUAAUUAUGUGGCGCCUGUGGAGAGUAUCGAUGCAGAGCCAUGGUAUUUUCCUGACACCAAGAGGCAGGAUGCAGAGAAGAUGCUGCUGGCAGGAGGGAACCCGAAUGGCGCCUUCCUUAUCAGAAACUGUGAAAGUCAGAAAGGGGAGCUCUCCCUCUCAGUGCUGGACACUGGGAGGGUGAAGCAUUACAAGCUGAAAAAACUGGAGAAUGGUCACGUCUACGUGUCGAGGACUAGAUCCUUUCAAACACUGAAGGAGUUAGUGGAACAUUACUCCAAAAACGCAGAUGGCCUCUGUGUUCGUCUGAGUGAACCAUGUAAAAAGAUGGAGGCUCCACAGACUCACGGUCUGUCCUACAACACUGCGGACCACUGGGAGAUUGACCGCAACUCCAUCAAGCUGCUGAAGAAGCUGGGAGCCGGUCAGUUUGGAGAAGUGUUUGAGGGCCUGUGGAACGAAACCACAGUAGUUGCAGUGAAGACCCUCAAACCUGGUACUAUGGACCCCGAGGACUUCCUGAGAGAGGCGCAGAUCAUGAAGAAGCUGCGUCACGCAAAGCUGAUCCAGCUGUACGCUGUCUGCACCAUGGAGCAGCCCAUCUACAUCAUCACAGAGCUGAUGAAGAAUGGCAGCCUAUUGGAGUACCUCCAGAAGGAUAAGGGCAUUGCGCUGCGUAUCUCUGACCAGAUUGAGAUGGCUGCCCAGGUGGCAGCAGGCAUGGCUUUCCUGGAGUUACAGAACUACAUCCACAGAGACCUGGCAGCCAGGAACGUCCUGGUGGGCGAGAACAACAUCUGCAAGGUGGCUGACUUUGGCCUCGCGCGGGUCUUCAUGAAAGAGAAUGAAAAUGUGUAUGAAGCCAAAGAAGGAACUAAAUUCCCCGUGAAGUGGACCGCUCCAGAAGCCAUCCACGACAACAAAUUCAGUAUCAAAUCUGACGUAUGGUCCUUUGGAAUAUUGCUGUAUGAGAUCAUGACAUUCGGACAGAUGCCUUACCCAACCAUGACGAACUACCAGGUCGUCCAGAGGGUUCCCCAGGGCUACAGAAUGUCGUGCCCCCUCAGCUGCCCCAAAGUCAUGUAUGACAUAAUGAUAGACUGCUGGAAGGAGAACGAGCAGGACCGGCCCACAUUCGAGACCCUGCAGUGGAAGCUGGAGGACUACUUCGACUUGGAUAUAACCUCCUCCUACGACGACGCCAACCGUUACUAGCACACUGACCAGACUGUGACAUGUGCAAAGAAGGGGAUACAAAUUUUUUUUUUUCCUCUCUCAAAUCAAAAUCACCCAGACAUGAACAUACAUUGAUGUUUUUAUGAUAUAAUGUAAUUUAAAAUUCCAGUCUUUGUGGUCAAAUGAAAAAUCUUAAAAUGUUUGAUCUGCAGACUGUGACUGCUACGCUGUGACACAGCACCACAGCAAGAGUUGCGACACUCCUGGUCACGCUUUCUUUGACAACUGACGGCACGUUUAGAAAGGCCGUACCCUUGUUAUGCCAGACUACACUACACUUGCCUGGAAAAGGCAUCUUUCGGCAGAACUGGUUGUUCUUGCACUCAGCAUAGCACACAUUUUCUGAGAAGAUUUAUGAGUCAUGUUCACUUGCAGGCUCAGUGUGAUUGGCUUUGUGUUUUAGAGCGGGAGACUGAGAGGGUGGCAGGUGCUAUCAUCACCACUCAUUCCUGCGUGUAGCAACCAGAAGUGAAGAUAGGUGACUGUUUUUGGCCCCAGCAGCCAGAGGGGCCCAAUAAAUGAAAGCCCAAUAAAAUUAUUACUUUAUUGACAAACUACUACUUCACUCAAGAGUCAAAUACACACCCUUUAAUUCAUAAUCACAGUUUCCCUUCAGGCUUUGGUCUUUGUGCCUCUGUAACAACUGCUACAAGAGAGCUACAGAACUUGGUCAGUACAGAGCGCUGCAGGUGUCAUAGAGGCAUGGGGGGGGGGGACAAAUCUAUAAGCACAAAAAAAUCAAUGACCUCAUUUGUUUCUUAAAAAUGAAUUAUUUGUGCACAUGGACAGGAACAUAACACUAAAUGUCCUUUUGUUUUUUAGCUGCGUUGGUGAAUGAUCAACAAUGUUCACCAGCUAGUUGGGAACUUUGUUUGGUGUUGGGCAGGCAGUGUUCAGUUGGUUUACCAGAGUAACUCCGUUCACUUCACAUGCCAUUUUAUCCAUUGUUUAUAUAAAAAUGUUGAUUAAAGCAGCUUUAAGAGAUGUCAGAAAUAACUUUCAACAGGCAAAGUGCAUCAUUGAAGUAGAUUUUCCAUGGGAAGACAUCUUUCACUUCACUCUUUUAGCGCAUUAACGUUAACAGUAAAGUGUAAAACUGCAGCAUUUGGUACUGACGUAAGCUGUUUCUUGAUUCCUUUCUUGAUUUAAUGCACGUUAGUCUUUAUUUCAAAUGGAGAUGCAUGGAUAUAUCCGUAAACAUUGUUAUCUUCAACACUCCUUAAACAUAUGUUAAAUAGUAUUAUGUAAAUGUGUGCACACAAAUGAAGUCAUUGGAAAGCACGAACGAUUAUUUAGGUGCAAUCUUGAAUUUAUAUUUUGUCCAGGGCCCUGAUGCUUUUAUCUUCUCUAGGGCCUCAAAGUCAUGUAGUCUACCCCUGCAGACCAUCAGUAGCCACAAACUUGAACAGGUCUCCUAAUCAGACCCCUGACACAUUCUUAAGUGGUUGUACCUGGUGGACUGUCUCAUCCUCUGAUGAUUUUGUAUGAUGAUAAUUGUAUAUUAAAACCAUGUUAGUGUUUAUAUGAUCAUAUAGUAUUUUAACAUAAUUAUCCUGUAUGCAUAGCAUAAUUAAACAACGUAUUUAUUAUGAAUUUGGCUUGGUUAUUAGGUGUGGUUGGUUAUGAUGUGGAGAUAAACCACAGUUCUGAACCUUGUGUUUUGAAUUAAGAACACCAACAACUAGAUCAAUCGGAAGACACGAGCAAACAGAGUAAUGUACAGGAUAAUAAUAUUAGAUUAGCAAAGCUUUAAGUUCUGUGGGACAAACGGCUGUCACUGGUCAAUAUAAAGUACAACAAUAAAUGUUAAGUGGUCGAUGAUGCAAAUAUGUGAAUAUAAACAAACAAUAGCAUAAAGCUCGCAGCCCGCUGAUUUCUAUUAAACCUUUCUAUGGAACAAUUUCCAUAGAAAGCUGCCUAAUUUAAACGUCAUAUUUUCACAUUAGCUUACAGUCACUGCCUAUUCUGACGGCUACUCUGGUGCUCUCGAAGCUGUUACCAUUUACUUCCGCUGAAUUGAUCUCACUCAGUGUUUGUAUUAGGAUUAAGGGCUUAGUCCAUGUCAGCCCUGCUGAUGAGAACAUUUAUAACUUCCAGAAAUACUGCUGUAUAAGCUGUGCGCUUACCUCUCCUCUUUCUGUCUUUUAUGUCACUUGGUCUUUCUCUUUCUCCCCUGUCUUUACCCAAGACUUUGUGUUGGUUUGAGUCUUAUCAGUGCUUCAGACCUUUUUCCAAUUGUUUUAUCCUCCUGUCUCUUUUUGUCACUGAUAAACGGGAAGAGAUGGCGUUUCCCCCUCUCUCUGCGGAGCCAUGUUUCCUGUUUCACUGUCAAAUGAAGACAAAAUAAAUAAAGUAGUAAGUUUUACUUCUUCCUACUCCUUUUUGCACAUGUAAAUAGAGGUUUUUAAGUACUGGAAAGUCUGGAAUUUUACUUUGUUGUUCAUGUGUUAUUUUUUUGAUUUCUCUGAUCUUGUUCUUUUUUUCUUUUAUUUACAUGUUCAAAAUAAAAGAAAUCAAUCAAAGUGAAUAAAAGUGA